CAGCAAAACAAUUCAAACGACCCAUCUGAGAGAAAAAUACCUGAUGUUUCGCCCAGUUCGGUUUUGACAAAAGAGAUUUCAAGAGCUGGGUUGCUCUGGUUUUGACUGUUACUGAUUUGGGCCACAAAUGUUUGGGAGGAAGAAGAGAUCAAAAUCUCUUUGCUUAGAUCUUGAAAGCGUUUAGCCAUCCACAGCUUGGAAUCGAUUGUUUGGAGGUUUUUGAUAGAGCUAGCUAGCUAUCUUGAUAAUUUCCUAUGGGUUUGUUUGAUGAUUGACAUGGUUCUUCCGAUUUCAUUAUCAUGGCCGAUUUUGUAGCAUUUGAGGAUUGAGGUCCUGGAAAAUGGAGAAUUCUUAUGAAGCAUUGAAUGAAGAUAACUCAGCUGAUCCAGGGCUCCAGAUUAUUAGGCACCCGGCUUACCAACGCCACAGAUCAUUACCAUGGUUUGAUUUGAGAGUUUUCUAUGUUAGAAUCAGCAAUUUCUUGGUCGAUGAUUCGACCCCCGAGUGUCUCACUCUAAACCAUAUCCCUCUGAGCCCUGACACCCUCCUCGAAGUGAACGGUGUGAGAUGUUCCAUUAACUCAGAAGGAAUCACGUCCCUUCUUCGGAGAGACAGAGUGGAUAAGAAAUCAGAAGAAGCCACAUUUGUGAGCACGGAUAGUAUAAGGUUAGCCGGGAGUGUGAAAUUUCAGGUUUUUGAUAAAGAAGAUCUUGUGUUAUAUGGAGUUCUGGAGAUGUCCAAUAGCAAUGGUUUCAUUGGGGAAUCAAAAAAUAGUGCUCAGCGAUGGACCAUGAACUGUGAACCAGUGAUGAAUGCUGGUGCUGGAUUCUUGAAGGGAAAACAUUUUGUGGGUUCUGAAUCAUUGUCGCCUACUACCAUUGAAGUCUAUAUUACAGGUUGCUUUUCAGGAACACCAAUUAUUCUAACUAAGACUUUGCAACCUAGUUUUGGGAAGAAGCACAAUAGGAAAGGGACAUUAGAUUCAAUCCCGGAGUCUGAAACAACUGAAUCCCCAAAAAAUGAUGCCUCUGGACUUGAUCUUCAGAUGGCAGAAUACAGAGACUAUAAACCAGAAAGUGAAGAAGACUACUACAACAUGUACUGGACGGGGGGAACAGAGUACAUGGAAGGUGAAGAUGGCGAACUCUCUUGGUUCAAUGCUGGUGUAAGGGUUGGUGUUGGGAUAGGCCUUGGCAUUUGCCUCGGAAUUGGAAUAGGAGUCGGUUUGCUAGUCCGUACUUACCAAGCUACAACCGGAAACUUUAGAAGACGGCUUGCAUAAUAAUUUCUGUUGCAUGAUAAUCUCUCUAAUCCAAAGGCAGCCAACAUAGUUUCUGCACGAGGUGUCUUUAACUGCAAAUUUUAACUUGGUGGAAGAUCCCGUGAGUGUGACAAGCCAUCAUUUUGUGAGCUUUACUUUCAUUUCUUUUUUGGUUAUGUAUCUUGUUUUUUUUAUGAGGAUUAAGAGCUGUCGCAUACGCUGAACUUCAGUUUGUAUGACUUUGUACUGUCCUGUGAAUAAUUUGUUUUCUGUAAGGUCACAAAUGACACUUGACUCAUAUUAGUGAAAAUAAUACCAAUUGCUGACAUAGCUACAAAUAUUUUGAGCAUUA